AUGAACGACGCUCACAGAGCCGAUGCAGCGCUCAGCGCCAGCCGUCACGACGAAGCCAUCGAGCUCUACACCAAGGCCCUUUCUGUCAACCCUACCGCUGUCAAAUACUACAUCGGUCGCGCUACAGCUUACCAGCGUACUUCCAAGCACACAGAGUCGCUCAAGGAUGCCGAAAUCGCCGUGGUACUUGCGAAGAAGCGCGGCACACGCGAGCUCAUCAAGGAUGCCCAGUUCCGACGCGCUGUCGCCCUUUACCACCUUGGAAAGUUUGCAGACGCCAGCUUCCUUCUAAACAUAGUGAAGGUGUUUGAUGAUAAGGACAAGAUGCUGCCUAUCUGGGAAGCAAAGAUCGCCGCGAAGCUCCAAAACGUGCCAGAAGACGAGCGCAAGCCGACUAUAGAGGAGACGCCGAUUGUCGAGAUCCCUACAGCGUCAGCGCCUACCGCACCGGCCAAGGUCGAGGAGUCUGCCUCGAAGCAGACCACAGGACAAGCCCCGACUCCCAUCGCGGUGACUCCCCUGAACAAGAUCAAGACCGACUGGUACCAGGUUCACGAUACAGUAACGCUCACCAUCAUGGCCAAGGGCAUAUCGAAAGACCGAGCAGACGUCAAAAUCGAAGACGAGUCUGUCUACAUCUCAUUCCCUAUUGAUGGCACGGCCUCCGAAUAUAGCUACGCCGUCGAUCCCCUCUACGCAUCCAUCGACCCUGCGCAAUCCAAGUAUCGAAUUACGCCGAACAAAUUGGAGGUGACACUGCGGAAGGCAUCGCCGGGUGUGAGAUGGCACGAGCUUGAGCGUCCUGCCGACGUAGGCCAAAGCGACUCGACCACCGCUCAGCAGUCAACUACCGAAGUCACUGUACCAAUCCGGGAAGGGCCAGCUCCUGCAUACCCAACCUCAUCCAAGUCGGGCGCGAAGAACUGGGACAAGGUUGUAGUGGAUGAUCUGGACGACUUGGAUGAGCUCGACGGCGGUGACGAGACAUCGCGCUUCUUCAAGCAGUUAUACAGCGGGGCUACACCGGAGCAGCAGCGCGCCAUGAUGAAGAGCUACUCCGAGAGUGGCGGUACCGUUCUGAGUACUGAUUGGUCUAAUGUAGGAAAUAAGACAGUAGUGCCUGAGCCCCCUGAGGGCAUGGAGGCGAAAAAGUACUAGCAUUCUUCACAGUUUGCUCAAA